AUUCCUUCCUAGGUUUACUCUGAGUCUGACCGUCAAAAACGUCUUCGCAGGUUAUUUGGGUAUUUUAUUUCACUCUCACCCUUUCUUUGUCUCCGAGCUUCACUCCUGCUCUCUCUUUCUCUCUCUCUCUCUCUCUCUCUCUCUCUCUGUGUGCGUUCUCUAUCGCUGUAGAACUGGCGGGAAUGCUAACAGGGCCAAAUGCUUGGCCUCUGCAGCUCCAUCAAGUUGAUCAGGAGUGGUAGAGCCAUGAUUGCUAUGGCAGUUAAAUUGGGACAAGCAUGUUAGGUGCUUCACGUCCUGAUAGUCUUCCCUCAAGGCAUGGCAAUACGACCACUUCGUCAUACUUCAAAAAUGCCGCCACCAAAGUUCCUCUUCAUAAUACUAUUGAUACUUGUGCCUAUUUGUGUAAUAGGAAUAUACACCCAUGGCGAGAAAAUUUCGUAUUUAUUCCGUCCACUUUGGGACCAUCCACCACCUGCAUUUGAACGCCUUCCACAUUAUUAUGCAGAAAAUGUAUCGAUGGACCAACUUUGCAACCUUCAUGGUUGGACGAUGCGCUCCCAACCCCGUCGUGUAUUUGAUGGCAUCAUCUUCAGCAAUGAGUUGGAUAUUCUUGAGGUCCGGUGGAAGGAGCUUCAUCCAUAUAUCACAAAGUUUGUUAUCCUUGAGGCCAAUACCACUUUCACAGGCAUACCAAAACCUCUCUUCUUUGCUUCUAAUCGGGCCCGAUUUGCCUUUGCAGAGGAGAAAAUUGUCCACGAUGUGUUUCCUGGAAAAGUUGCACACCCAGGAUCACAAGAAGACCCCUUCAUACUUGAGUCAAAGCAACGUAUAGCUAUGAAUUCAUUAAUUCGCAUAGCAGGGAUUUCCUAUGGUGACAUCUUGAUAAUGUCAGAUACUGAUGAGAUCCCAAGCCCGCAUACCGUGAAAUUACUGCAAUGGUGUGAUGGAAUUCCACCAAUAAUGCAUCUUGAGCUGAGACACUAUAUGUACUCAUUUGAGUUCCCGGUGGACUACAGCAGCUGGCGCGCAACAGCCCAUGUCUUUAGCCCUUGGACCCGCUAUCAACAUUCACGCCAAACUGAUUAUAUCUUUUCUGAUGCAGGAUGGCAUUGUAGCUUUUGCUUUAGGUCUAUUCAAGAGUUUGUGUUUAAGAUGACAGCUUACAGCCAUGCAAACCGUGUUAAGCGGAAAGAAUUUUUGAAUUAUCCAAGAAUUCAGAAGCUCAUAUGUAAGGGAGAUGAUCUUUUUGAUAUGCUACCUGAAGAGUAUACCUUCAAGGAGUUGAUUAAGAAGAUGGGACCAAUACCCCGUUCGGCUUCUGCAGUUCACCUUCCUGCCUAUCUGAUUGAGAAUGCAGAUAAGUUUAGAUUCCUUCUCCCUGGAGGCUGUUUAAGAGCACAGGAUUGAAGUCUAUUAUAAAUUAGAGAAGAGGGCACAUGUUCUUUAAAAUAUUGACUUGGAGUUGAGACAUGUGAAAGCGAAGUGAGGAUGAAGAUUUAUUGGUACCUACCGAGUGAGAGAUAGAGGAAGGGCUUGGAGUUUGCUAGAUUUUGCUUUUUCACGGUAGGUAGAAAAAAUAAGACAAUAUAAUUCUCAAGAGGAAAAAUAAUGAUGACAAUGCAUAAUAAUAAAUGCACCCCCCUGUGCAUGAUGGUGUUAUUAUAUCAAAUCAAGGAAAUAAGUGAUUUAUUUUUCUGUCUUAUCCUAAUGUAAUAUUUAUUUUUUCUUUUGGA